AUCUAUAUAUAUAUCUUUCACCGGCGCAGGAACAAUUUUCAGUUCUCAAAUGACUGCGGCUAUUUAAUCCGGCGAAAUAGCUUUCACUAUCAGUCUAUUUGGAAUUAUGUUAUAAUAUUUGGCAAAAUGUUCGAUUAUGUAUCAAAGUCCCAAUAUGUUGGUGGCCACAGGGAGAAGUUUGCAAGGUUGGACGAUUUGGAUUCUAGAUUAUCGUCACCAGCUUCUGGAGUUGCAAUGAACAAAUGUGGAUUCGAGGGAAUAGGUCAUCAAACCCGUGCACCCGGUACUCCUUCCAAAUCAUUCAAAAAUGGAAUUAGAAAAGGUUCAGAAGGACUUAAAUCCAUUGGCAGAUCACUUGGGUUUGGGGUUUCUCGGGCUGUAUUUCCAGAAGACUUAAAAGUGUCAGAGAACAAGAUCUUAGACCCACAAGACAAAUUUUUGCUCAAAUGGAAUAACUACUUUGUUAUAUCUUGUAUACUGGCUGUAUCUAUAGAUCCACUUUUCUUCUAUCUUCCUGUUUUUGAUCAAUCGAAAACAUGCCUUGGUAUAGACCGAAAGUUAGCCAUCAUAGCCACGACCCUACGAACUCUUGUUGAUGUCUUUUAUCUUCUUCACAUGGCUUUACAAUUCCGAACUGCCUAUAUCGCCCCAUCAUCUCGCGUUUUUGGAAGGGGUGAACUUGUGAUAGAUCCCGCACAGAUUGCUAAGAGAUAUCUUCGAUGGUAUUUUAUCAUUGAUUUCCUUUCUGUGGUGCCCCUCCCCCAGAUUGUUGUUUGGAGAUUCCUGCAGAGGUCUAGAGGUUCAGAUGUAUUGGCUACAAAACGAGCCAUACUAAUUAUUGUGUUACUUCAGUAUGUUCCCAGAUUUGCUCGAAUUGUGCCUUUGACAUCAGAACUUAAGAGGACUGCUGGUGUAAUUGCUGAAACUGCUUGGGCUGGUGCUGUUUACUAUCUGUUGCUCUACAUGCUCUGCAGUCAUAUGGUUGGGGCCUUCUGGUAUUUAUUGUCUGUAGAACGUAAUGAUACAUGCUGGCAGAGAGCUUGUAAGAAAAACAACUAUAACACAAAUUUCUUGUACUGUGGAAAUGACCACAUGUCUGGCUAUGAUAGCUGGAGAAAUGUCAGUAGCUCAGUUUUAACUGCAGCUUGCUCCCCUGAUGGUGAUAAGCCACCAUUUGAUUUUGGGAUUUUCAAGCAGGCUCUUUCCUCGGGCAUUGUUUCGUCUACCAAGUUUGUUUCCAAAUACUGCUACUGCCUGUGGUGGGGGCUACAGAAUUUGAGCACCCUCGGGCAAGGGCUUCAGACCAGUACUUAUCCUGGAGAGUCUAUAUUUUCCAUUGCUCUAGCCAUAUUUGGGCUCAUUCUCUUUGCUCUUUUAAUUGGCAAUAUGCAGACUUAUCUUCAAUCUCUUACAAUCCGACUUGAAGAAAUGAGAAUUAAGAGACGUGAUACAGAGCAGUGGAUGCAUCACCGGUUACUUCCUCAAGAUCUACGGGAGCGUGUGAGGCGCUAUGAUCAGUAUAAGUGGUUGGAAACUCGUGGUGUGGAUGAGGAAAAUUUGGUUCAGAAUUUACCCAAGGAUCUCAGAAGGGACAUAAAACGUCAUCUUUGUCUUGGUUUGGUCAAGAGGGUUCCUUUGUUUGAGAACAUGGAUGAGAGGUUGCUUGACGCAAUUUGUGAACGAUUGAAGCCGUGUUUAUACACCAAUAAUUCCUACAUUGUUCGAGAAGGAGAUCCGGUCGAUGAAAUGCUCUUCAUCAUACGUGGUCGUCUCGAGAGUGCAACCACCGACGGUGGAAGAAGUGGCUUUUUCAACAGCGGUUAUCUUAAAGAAGGUGACUUCUGCGGAGAGGAGCUUCUAACUUGGGCCCUUGACCCUAAAUCUGGUGCUAAUCUCCCAUCUUCCACUAGAACUGUCAAGGCAUUAAGAGAAGUAGAGGCAUUCGCCUUACCAGCUGACGAAUUAAAAUUUGUUGCCGGUCAGUUCAGACGGCUUCAUAGUAGACAGGUACAACACACUUUCCGAUUUUACUCACAGCAGUGGCGGACAUGGGCAGCUUGUUUCAUUCAGGCUGCUUGGCGGAGGUAUUCCAAGAGGAAGAUUUUGGAGCAGCGGAGAAAAGAGGAAGAAGAAGCCGAAUUAGCCGCACGCAAGAAUGGUGGCAGUGGAACUUCCUAUAGCCUCGGGGCUACCUUUUUAGCUUCCAGAUUUGCCGCAAAUGCUCUUCGUGGAGUUCACCGAAAUCGGGAAUUGAAGAGUGCCAGGGAAUUGAUGAAAUUACAGAAGCCACCAGAACCAGAUUUUACUGCGGAUGCUGAUUAGUGACCUAAUACAGAGUACAUCAUAGUUGAUAUGUAUGGCUAGCUAAUUUCUUGCGACUUGUGCUUGUACAUUAACAGAAUUAUAUGUAUACCUGGUAUGUUUCUAUAAUUUUGUAAGAUACAACUAAUCAAUGCAUCUAGGUUGUUAUUCCAGUUUUAAA